AUGCAGGAACUCCAGCAGAAAUACUCGGCCAAGCGAACUACAAAGUGGUUUGCAAAGUUGUCUCCAGUGCUCGCCCACAUGGAAACAUUCAACCAGGCGGUCACCAUUUUUACCUCGUCUAAUCCUGUCGUUACGUCGUUGGUAUGGGGAAGCGUUAAGAUGAUACUGGAUGCAGCCAGCGCUUUUGCACGUACUCUUCAGACCAUCAUCGACAUGCUGACCUCGAUUGCCGGUGCGAUGCCCAGAUUCGAAGAAUACAUGCAGCUGUUCCCACAGCGGCAACGACUCCAGGAAGCAUUGCUGAGGAUGUACUGCGGCUACCUUGAUUUUUGCCUUGGUGCGGCCAAGUUCUUUUCAGUCAACAUCAUCGCGAAGCUCGCCCACGUGGUCAACACGAAAACCCAACUCACGGGUAUCCGGGAGGUGCUAGAUGUUGCCAAGCCCCAGAGAUAUGCUGCGUCCAUUUUCUCAGUUACAUGGGCUCGGAACGGCAAGUUCCUUGGGCGAGAACAAGAGCUCGCAAAACUCGCCCAAUGCCUCAAGCCCGAAAGCGCCAAGCAGCGGUCCUGCGUGCUGCACGGUAUGGCGGGAAUUGGGAAGACGCAGACCGCCCUGGAACUCUGCUAUGCACAGAAGUCCACGUUUCCGUACAUAAUCUGGCUCCCAUCCGAGACCCAGGCAGUCUUGGCUGAGGCCUUUUCCAAUAUUAUACGGCUCAUAAAGGGGUCGCUGGUUGAAAAGAAUCCAUCGAUCGAUCCAUCAGCUGAUGUGGACGCAUCGCGCCAAUGGCUGUGUCAAAACUCAGGAUGGCUACUGGUUUUCGACAACGUGGACGACCCCGAUAUGCUGAGCCGGUACUGGCCUGCAUGCGAACACGGGUCGAUUCUGAUCACGACACAGGACCGGAAGCUCGUCCAUCGAGCUCAGUCGGAAGUGUGCCUCGAAGCCCUUCAGGACGAGGAGGGUUCCCGUCUCCUGCUGCAAUAUCUCCCCGAUCAGCUCUCCAAUGCUCAAAGGUCGGCGGCGCUGGCAAGAGCCAUAUCCAAGGAGGUGGAUGGCCUUCCCCUAUACUUGGUUGGACUGGCGGGUUUCAUGGCCGACUCGUGCACUCCUCUUUCCGACACACUCAGCGAUCUCCAGAACCAUGUUGGUCAAGAAUGGGACUCGGCCACGUUCCAGUAUGGGAGGCCGGCCAAUUCGGCAUUUGACAUGUCGCUCAAAAGCCUCUCUCCACCUGCUCUGUCCGUCUUGCAAGCUCUCAGCAUGCUUUCACCAGACUCGAUCCCGGAGAGUCUUUUUUUCGCAAAGCUAGAUUCUGCCCUGGAAUUUGGCGGGUACUCGGACAAGGGAGAGUUCUGUCGAGUGAUUCGCGCUCCGCUGAGGACCCGGCACUUGAUCAAUUUUCACCCGUGCACAACACCUGGCAUUCCAGACUCGUAUUCCAUCCAUCGCGUGCUUCAAAGAAAGGUCCUCAGUGACAUGGAUGCGGACGAAAUCAGUCGCCAACUGGCCUUCAAUCGAGCUGUCGCCUUGGUGAGAAAUGUCUUCCCCCCCGUCACCGACUUCAUGGUUCCUAUACACAAGGACAUGAUGUUGUACAAAGCGUCCAUCGCGCACGUUACACGGCUAGAGGAGGUUUUUCAGAUCUACAACAAAUCUUCGAGGACCCUGGUGGGCGACAUGGCCUUUGUUCAACUUUUGAUCGGCGCUGGCUUCUACCUCUACGAGGUUCGCCUCGGGACACCUGGUCUCACCUUUCUCAACACGGCCGAGGGUAUCUGCGCCGCCAGGGCCGCCACCGGUACAGAAUCGGCAACAUGGAUCAAGCUCUGGGCAACGGCACUGCAGAUCUCGUGGGCCAUCAUGGGAGCCUCCACGGGGAUUACCCGGCGGCAAAAGUGUACCGAAAACAUGGCCAAGGUUCUGGAACUCCGAAAAGCCUAUGCCGCAGCGGACCGCAGUCAUGACAACUACGUUGGCAGAGUCCUUCUCGCCAACGCGCAUAACGACAUGACAGUGCAGCUCAUCGACAACGGAGAAUACGACGCGGCCGCCAGCCACGUCGACAUAUCGGUCCGGAUGAAGCAAGAACUCCAAAGCGAGCGCAUAAUGCCCCCCUACCAGUUUGCUGAGCAGAACAAGAACAUGGCGCUCAUCCAGGCAGGCCAGGGGCGAACCGAGGAGGCCGUGGACUUAAGCCAGGAAGCGGUCAAGGUUGUUCCAAAUGAGGAGGAAGAUGGCGUGCACACCAUCUUUCUCUUCGUUCACGGGAUAUGCCUUGCCAACGCUGGGGAUUUUUCAGGUGCACUGGCUGUAUUCACGAAGACUUACAAGGUGCGGGUUACUGCCUUCGGAAUUCACGGCACACCCACGCUGCACAACCUCUAUGCCAUCGCCUACACCCAAUACCGGCUUGGUCUUUACUCGGAAGCCAGGGACGCGGUUGAGAAGUGCCGAUAUAACGCAAAGGACGCGAUUUGGCCUUCUGAAUGCGCUCUGCGGGCAGACUUCCUGCUCUGCUUGAUUACAAGCGCCGAGGGUCAUCAAGAACAGGCCGCUGCUCUGCGGGAGCCCUUGCUCACUCAGCUUCAUGCCAUUUUUGCUCAGCAUUCCCCCGCUGUCUUAAGCGGGCACCAUGUGGUCAACCUUUCUGAGCUGGACCUGACAUUCCUGUUCGACCUACUCGUGCCCCUCGAUGCGGGCCGAUUCGUCAUGGCCCACCGGAUUUCCCCCCCUCCACGAGCUGCGGGGUCCUGA